AUGUCGCGACUCGACGCGGCGAUCUCCGAGCGACCGAUUACCCAAUUGGCCAUCCCUGGCUCCCAUCACUCAGCAUCAGCCGAUGUGGACCCAAAAAGUGAGGUCGAGUCGAAUCUGUCGCCAAUGCUGCGCGCGCUCGGAAGCACAUCAAUGAUUCGCGAAACGAUGGCCAAAUGGAUGCAACAUCAGAAGAUUUCCGUUAAAGAACAACUUGAAUCCGGCAUUCGUUAUUUCGAUUUCUCGAUAGAGCACACCGCAAAUGAUCGCUUUUUUGUGGUAAACGGAUUGCGAUGCAAUCAAAUCGAUGAUUAUCUAGAUGAUCUCUAUCGUUUCCUUAGCGAGCAAAGCCGUGAAAUAGUCAUUGUGAAAAUGGACAAAUUUACGAGCUUCUCCUCAGAAAAUCUAAAAGAUUUCGAGAGGUUUAUCGAGCAGAAAUUCGGUGAUCUCAUCGUUAAACAAAAGGCAACGUCACUGCAAAACGCUGACGCCGAGUCGCUCGCCGAGUGGUCGCUCGAACGAUGUUGGCGGAAAAAGAAGCAGAUAAUUUUCCUCUUCGACACUGCAUUUCCGUUGCGAAUCGCUUGGCCGAUCAGCCGUUAUGCAAAGGUAAAUCAAUCGGGAAGCGAUUGCGUUGAGGAAGUGAUCGAUCGACUCAAAGACACAACACUUUCAAGGGAGCUGGAGGUUUUGCAGAUUGACGAAUCGGUGCUGAGCUUGCAAUUGUCGGAUGCUUUACGCAAUCCGAUGACCACUUUCGAGAAGCAAUACGGACGACAAGCUACUCGCGAGAUCGUUCAAUUCAUUCGAAAGAAUUCCCCCAAAAAUCUCAACGUGGUGGCUGUCGAUUUCUGCGAGGAGGCCGACUUUGCCCAAUCCAUCAUCGCGCUCAACAAA